AUGGCGUCCGUCGCUCAGCCGUGGUUGAUUUCAAAAUUCGUCGACCCUGUCUUCUCCGUUUGCGUCGGUCUCUCUGCUGCUACCCUUCGCAUCCGCCGGGAUCAGAUUGAGAAGUAUCCCGAUCAAGAUUCAAGUUUUACGGGGCUGUGGCAAAAAGGUGUGAGGAUGGGCAAGAGUUACUUUGGAUAUGAGCCAAAGAAGGUGAAAUGA